AUGGCUCGUCCAAUGAUAGUUGACAGUGAUGAAGAGGGCUCUUCAGAAGGUAAUAAUUCUGCCAUCCGCAACCAAAGCGACGAGGAAGAGGGUGAACAGUUGAAUAACUUGAACUCCAGGUACAACAACGACAGCGAUUCAGACAUGUUGUCUGAAUUAAGCGACGCGCCAAAUAUCAACGAAGAAGUAGACAUUGGAGAAGAUGAAGAUGAUGACGAGGACGAUGAUGAAGAAGAAGAAGAAGAUGGAUCCAGUGAAGUUGAUGAAGCUGGAGAUAGAACUAUUCAUAAUGCUGACGAAGAGGACGAAGAAGAUGAGGAAGACGAGGAAGACGAAGAAUUGGACUCAGAGGAGGAAGAAGAAGACAUUCCUGCUAUUAGUGAUGAUGAAGGAACGUACAAGAUCGAAGAUCCGGAUGAUAUGGAUGAAGAUUUGGAACUAAGAGAUGAAGAUGAGGAGCCACAACCAAAAAAGACUUCACCUAGAAAGAUAAAUAUCACUGUAAAACCACCUACGAAGGUGACAAAGGCAGCUCCCAAAAGGGGACAUCCGACUCCUUCGACGAGAGAGACAAGAAAGCGUCAACUCACUUAUUAUGAAGAGGACGAGGAAGAUGAAGAAGAGGAAGAGGUUGAUGAAGAAGAAGAAGAGUACGCUUCUUUAAAGAAAGCCAAGAAGACAAAGCUCCCUCAGCCAAAGACACAGCCGCAAGAGCUAGAUGAAGAUUUGUUAUUAACUGACGAAGAGCAAGAGUACAAUCCCCAUGCGCAUCCCGAUUUGUCGAAGAUGACAGAGAGACAAAGAGCCAGGUACUUGGAAGAAGAGACCGAGAGUAAGCAGUUCAUAGAGUUGGACGACAACUACACCACAGCCAAGAAGAGUAGGCUUAAGAAGACCGAGACAGAAGAGCAAACAGCAUUAAAAAAGGCCGAGAGUGCUAGAAGAAGGCAGGACUACAAGAUGAAGGCAUUAGAGGAAGAAAAACGAGACACAUUGAACAAACUAUUGAAGAGAAGAGCCACCAAGACUCGAGAGGUACAAGACAAGGAAGGUACAGUGGAGGUGGUGAAGCUGGCCACAAAGGCCCGGAGACCUGUCCUUCAGCAUCCAGCCUUAUUCCGCUAUGUCAGCAACAUUACAACAUUGGGCGGAAACUCUGUUCUAGCAGUAAAUCAGAGCACGUCGUAA